UUUAGGAGACAGCGCCGUGUUGGUAAACUGAAGUAUGUGCAAUUUGAACCAAGCAGUGGGAAAAAGAGUGUAUUUGUUGCAACAGAAUUAAAUGUGCUUGCAGCACUAAACAUAAGAACAGGUGAAAUCACCUGGAGGCAGGUGUUUACAAGGGGGUCAACUGGGGUGAUUGACGCUCUCCACUACAAGGAUGAAGAUCUGAUCACUGUGUCAGGAGGCGGUAGCAAAGUAAAUUCCUGGGCAUCAAAUACUGGAUUUGUAAAGUGGGAAUCUAACAUUAAUGCUCCUUUAGAUCCUAACCAAAGAUCACCGGUGUCUUUUAUAUGUACUCAAGAAGAUGAUGGUAACCUAUUGGCAUUGCUUGUUGGUCAUUCUCUCCACAUUCUAUCAACUAAAACUGGUGAAGAAAAGUGGUUUGAAGAAUUAAGUACUGAUGACAAUGUGCAAUAUAAGUGGUUAUCCCAGAUACAAGAUAAGGUGGUUGUAGUUGGUAUUGUUGAAAAUUCUCAUUAUACAGUACAAUUCUACACUCUUCAAGAUGGAACACUGUCUAAGGAGAACUUAUUCCCAGCUGCCUGGGCAACAGCUGACACUGCUUGCAUCAUUAUUCAUGAUGGUCACAUGGUCUGUUUUGAUCCAGUCAGCAAAGAACUACAGAGUGCCAAGUUGCGAGAUGGAAGUGUAUUUCAAAGCACACAUAUUUCGGGACUGACAAGUGACCUGCAGAAGUGUAACAUUAAACAGCUUAAAUUACAAGAAGCUGCUACAGAUCAACCACUAUUCAUCUUAACUCUAGCAUCAGAUAACCACCUACUAAUAUCAAUAGAGGAUAGUCUUGAGGUUGUCAAGCAGUUUACAAAGGAAACAACAAUUGGAAUAUCGAAUUUGCCAGAUCAUAGUGUUAUCACAACUUUUACACAGACUACAGGCAUUGAAGUUGAUAUUGAAUGUUUCAAUGCUGCUGAUGGAACAGAAUAUGAAAACAUGAAACAGACAGUUGAAAUAGAAAAGAGUCAUGGCAAGCCAGUAAAGGGUUCUGUGUACCUUUUUCAUAAAAAAGAUCAGCAGUUAGGUUACCGUGUGUUACUAGAGACGGCAGAUGAUGCUAUUGCAAUGGUACACCAACCAGGUCGAGUACUGUGGUGCCGAGAGGAGGGUUUGGCAAGUGUCGCUGCAGUUGAGAUGGUUGACCUUCCGGUAUCUGACACAGAAGCAAAGUUUGAAGAUGAGUUUGGGGGAAAAGAGGAAAUAUCAGUGUUAGAAAUGUUCCUGAGACGUCUUAAUACCCAAUUUGCCCAACUUAAGUCCUAUGUGAUGCAUUUACGAAGGCGGUUGAAACAUGGAAGCCAUCAGGAACAUCACACAGUGCCUUCACGUGUCAUCAUCAUUGAUGAUGAUGAUGAUGAAGAAGAGUACCUUACUAGGGAUGAGUUUAAUUUGCAUAAAAUGAUCAUUAUAAUUUCAAAAUCCGGAAAGAUUUAUGGUAUUGAUUCCACGGAUGGUUCAAUUUUUUGGAGUCAUUUUUCUCCAAGUCUUGCUACGUUCCAAGACGGCUCAAAAUCUAAAGUAGCGCUGUUUAUUCAGCGUACAACAGCACAUUUCCCAAACCCUCCUCUAUGCACUGUUGUUGGAAGACACAGAAUAUCUGGACUCACUCUAAUCUACUCCUUCAACCCCAUAACUGGUAAACCUACGGCUGAGUUUGAGCAGUUUCCCAACGGAAAAGAACUUCAGUUCAAGUUGAAGCAGCUAAGUAUGGUUGGGAUUAUGGAUUCAGACUUCCUUAAACCAAUACUGCUGCUCGAUGACAAUAAUAAGGUACAUGUGUACCCUUCUAGUGCUGUCAGUAUUGUUAAGAAGCAUGGCAACUCAAUAUUUAUGUUCAUUGCUGAAAGGGAGGUUGCUAGACUUUCAGGAUUAUCACUUAAGGUCACAACUGACAGCAAAAUUGAAGCUCAAGAGAUCUGGAGAAUCAAACUACCACCAACUUCAAAAAGGAUCACUGGCAUUUACGUCAAACGAUCUACAGAGGAGGUUCAUUCUCAGGGUAGAGUUCUUGGGGACAGGACAGUCCUUUACAAGUAUCUGAACCCUAACUUGGUUGUAGUGACCACAGAGGGAAGCGAUGGUCCAUCUAAAUCUCGUCUAAGUGUUUAUCUUGUGGAUGUUGUGAAUGGUGCCAUCGUUUUCAGUGUAGAUCACAAGCGAGUCGAAGGCCCUGUUCAUGUUGUCCACUCUGAGAAUUGGAUAACUUAUCAAUAUUGGAAUAGUAAAAGCAGACGUGCUGAGAUAACAGCUCUGGAGCUUUAUGAAGGGAAAAUACAGAAAAACAGUACAGCAUUUUCAUCCCUUGAUCCCCCGGAGUCUCCUCUGGUCGAGCGUCAGUCCUAUAUCUUGCCAUCCUUGGUUCAAGCGAUGGCGGUGUCUCACACAGAAAAGGGAAUCACCCACAAGAAUAUUAUAUUGUCUCUGCAAGCAGGUGGUUUAGUAGUUCUUCCAAAAAGAUUCCUUGACCCACGACGGCCGAUUGAACCACUGCCAGAACAUAGGGAGGAAGGGUUGAUACCAUAUCUACCAGAACUUCCUCUCCCACAUCAAUCAUUUAUUAAUUAUAACCAAUCAGUUUUUGGCAUUGAAGGUAUCUUCACAUCACCUGCAGGACUGGAGUCCACAUGUCUUGUUCUUGCUUAUGGCUUAGAUUAUUAUUAUACAAGAAUUUCUCCGUCUAAACUGUUUGAUGUUCUCAACCAAGACUUUGAUUACCUACUGAUCGCAACCGUUGUAGUUGGCCUCGUCAUUGCUGCCAUCAUCACCAAGAAACUAGCUGCCAUUAAAGCACUCCAUCAGGGCUGGAGGUGAAGAUGUGUGAUUCGUCUUUGAUGCUCACUGUGUGCCAUGCAGUUAACACAACAAAUUACAUGUGCAUUUCAUUCAAGGAUUUAUUCAAAAAUUGAAUUAACAUUGUAGCCAGUUGCUAAAUUGAGUAAAAUUUUACAAAACAAACACAAAGUUAUAUUGCACAUAAACGUGGUACGAAAAGGGAUGUAACAUUGAAAUCAGUUGAUUAAUUGAGUACUGUCAUACAUGAUGUAUUGCUUUAAAACCUUGACAGUGUCACAAGUUACUAUUCCAAAAUAAUCAAUACUUUUAAUUAAAGAUGUCAGAUCUGACAGUACCAAGUUAGAUAUUUUGACUGAUACCAGUUGAUUUACUCUAUAUUAUCUGAAAAUAUGUUAAUUGCAUUUGAAACUUCUAGUUACUGUACAGUUUUUGAAAGCUUUUGCUAAAGACAUUUUGUAACAUGUGCAAGACUACUAAAGGUUAAAGUUGUGUUUCUCAUUUGUUCCUUAUAUGAAUUAAGGAACUAAUGAACCCUAUAAGCUAUAUGCCACAUGAAAUCUUAUUAAUAUAGUGAGCAAUUACUUAAAAAAACACACAUUAAUCGAAAGGUCCACUGAUUAAUCUCAGAUAAGAAAGUAUAAUACAUACUCCAAGUAUUGAAAUACAUGCCAUCGUGUUGGGAUUCAAUAUUUCGACAUUAAUCAUUCCUGAUGAUACUUUCACACAUUAAUAUCUUGCAACUUUGCCCAGCUUCUUUAGGAACAUAUGUAUGGAAAUUGAUAUGAUUUGUUUACUUAAUACAGAUGUAUAGUUUAUGUUUUGAAGACAUCAUAUGCUCUGCAUCUAGUCGUGGCUCUAGAAAUUUGCCAAAAGGGGUCCCAAGCAAGGGGCACUAAGGGCCCGUUCGAGCUAAAAACGCCAACCAUAUUCCGUUUAUUUUACCAGUUAAUCGCGCCGAGCACUCAGUGGGUGGUCGAUCGUUUGAGCAAGUCCCAGCUAACGUUAAAUACCGUGUAACGAAACUACUCCGGAAGUAAAUUUCAACUUAUCUCAUGGUGAACCCAUUCUUUGUUUCCUCACUACUGCUGCUAUAACCGGCCCACGUAUAGGCACAGCACGGCACGAGGGAACGAUAUUUAAGCUCAACAACUUAUAAACGCUGCUUUAAAAUCUGUACCUAGGCUAGUUUAAUGAACAUUAUUUCUCAGAAUAAUGGUAAAUUUAAAAAUUGAAUGCGUAGCUAUGCUACUAGCCACCUUUAUUAUAUGGCCCCAAUGAUGUGAUGUUAUGCUGUUGGAUUGACUGUCCAAUCCAACUUCGAUUUUGUUGUGCAUGUGAGGAGGCAAAGGAGAGCUGCAACAAUGCCUGGGUUAGAGAUUUUAUGGUUGAUGCUCGAUGUCCCUGAUUGGGGUGGGAUUGGUGUGCCGAUGUCCCCGACAAGAGUGUAAGUGGGCGUGGUUAGUCGUCAUUCAAAAACACCCGGAAGUGGUUCAGGUGCUCCAAAAACUUAGUGUAUCGAUUUUAGAGUCUACUGAUAUGUAAUAAAGACAUAUACCCGUAAUUUGUUUCCCUCCCCUAUUGCUUCUCUCCACCCAGGAUUAUAAAUGGGUACCUGGUGGGGUUGCCUGCUACUGCACCAAUAUGGCUGCAACACAUGGCUUUGGGAAAACAAAGCGCUUCGUAACCUAAAGGAAUAGGCGCUAUGGCUUUUUUCUCACACGCCAGCUAACGGUUAGCAGGAUCCGAAUCCUGCUAACCGUUAGCUGGCGUGCGUCCAUACGAGAAAAUCCCGAUAUGGAUACCAAAAAUAUGAUGAUCGAAUCACUGGCCAAUAAGAAACUGGAAAUU